UUGGAAGGGGCUUUCUGUUUUGUGUUGUGGAGCCUGCGGCUGAUCUGUAUAGAUGACAGAGAAACGCAUUUCACCGGGCUUACUACUGUCCUUGAGACUUCUCAAUGAAGUGGAGCUGCUUCAGUGCAAAAGCCGUGGCGAGGAGGGCGCCACCUUGUGACAACCUUCGGGAAGGAGCAGAGCAGAAGGUAGUAUUCAUCACGGGACGAGUCCACCCAGGGGAAACACCCUCUUCAUUUGUGUGCCAAGGGAUCAUUGACUUCCUCGUAAGCCAGCACCCUAUUGCCCGUGUCCUACGGGAACACCUGGUCUUCAAGAUUGCACCAAUGCUCAACCCUGAUGGAGUCUACCUGGGCAAUUACAGGUGCUCUCUGAUGGGGUUUGACCUGAACCGUCACUGGCUGGAUCCCUCUCCGUGGGCCCACCCUACCCUGCACGGAGUGAAACAGCUCAUCAUCCAGAUGUACAAUGACCCAAAAACAAGCCUGGAGUUUUAUAUUGACAUCCACGCCCACUCCACCAUGAUGAAUGGCUUCAUGUACGGCAACAUCUUUGAAGAUGAGGAACGAUUCCAGAGGCAGGCCAUUUUCCCCAAGCUCCUCUGCCAGAAUGCUGAGGAUUUCUCCUACUCCAGCACAUCCUUUAACCGGGAUGCUGUGAAAGCAGGAACCGGACGUCGCUUCCUCGGUGGGCUACUGGACCACACUUCCUAUUGCUACACCCUGGAGGUCUCCUUCUAUAGCUACAUCAUCGGAGGUACCACGGCCGCUGUGCCCUACACUGAGGAAGCCUAUAUGAAGCUGGGAAGGAACGUGGCGAGAACGUUUUUGGAUUAUUAUCGGCUGAACCCCCUGGUCGAGAAAGUGGCAAUUCCCAUGCCGAGGCUGCGGAAAGAAAAGCCCCCUCCCUACAAGCACCCACUCCUGCGGGGCCCAGCCAGGAACCACCCCAACGGCAAAGGGGACAAGAAGAGCUCCGUGAACCACAAAGACCCUUCAAACUCUUUUUAAGGACAUGGAGUCCAGGAGGUCUUGUGGAGGCAGGAGCAUGCAUUUUCUGCUGGGGCAUGAAAUUAAUCACCCUUCUCUAGUUUCCAAGUUAAAGGGUGUGGAAUAAUGAAUAAGCUAGCGAAGGGGAAGGAAAAAUGAGAAACCUCACUGUCAAUUUUCCCUUUCACCAAUGGAAAAUCAAUUGUGGGACUUCAGCUUAAGGCUCAGGAACAAAAUAGGAGGCUCAAACCCAGUGAGUACAGAUGCUAUUUUCCCCAGCACAGAGAUCCUCACAGCAAGAGGAAAAGCUACACGUCCCUUUUGAGAGGUUUGACACAUCUCAGGUCAGUGCUUCUGAAGCCCCGUUACCUUUUAAAGUUGUAUACCUACCACAGGUGGUUACCUUCUAGACCAGGUGAAGCCCCGUUACCUUUUAACGUUGUAUACCUACCACAGGUGGUUACCGUCUAGACCAGGUGAUGGUUGUUCACGGUUUUAGAAAGGCCCCGUCCAUACCUCCUGAUCCGAAACACCAUCAGUGACACCUACAACCCAAAGACAAAUAUGCCGUUGGGAACUGUAGGACAGAGUUGUUGAAAUCACAGGGGUCCGAGGCAUUUUGUCGUGGUGUCUCUGAGCUGCGUGCAUUCCCCAGUGACCUGGGUGCUUGAACUGAAACCGUAUUGGUCACUCAUUCCAAGAGGUCCGUCAUGGUUCAGAUCUCCAGAUCCUGGUGCCAGGGACCAAACCUGGCCCCUGAAGAGGUGGGUAUGGAUACUCUGCAAUAGGGGAAGGAUGACUGCCAGGUGAGGGAGAUGCAGAAGACAGGAGAAUGCCUCCCCCCGCCCCAGGCAGGGGGCUGAUAAAAUAAAACAGCCGCAGUGGGGCUAAAUAUUGUGCAUUUUUCUAAAGAGUAAAGUGCCUUUGUAUGAUGAAUGGGUCCAGAGGAGUCUGCUCCCUUCCUUUCCGUGAAGCGGGCAGGCUGAGUCACCAUGACAGCCUGCUAAUUAAAAUGACCUCCCGGAAAUGAGGAUUCGGAGAUCGGGAGAGGAAGGCAGGCUCAGGGGAGAUAGGGGCCUUUAGCAGAAAGCUCCAGUUAAGCAUUCUUUUGCGUUGGGAUGGGGGAUUUUUGUAGUUUGUUGCAAAAACUGAGAGCAAAGCUUGUUCUCCCUUUGCUUAUUGGUUUUCAGAAAUGAUAACAAAGAACCAUAUGUUAGUUGGCUACAAAUGUUGUGUUGUAUAUAUAGCUUCUCCUCUGGGUUCUUUUUGCCCAGAGGAACACAAAUA